AUGAGUGGUGAUAAUUACGAAUAUGAUUAUGAAUAUUUAUACAAAAUAGUUUUAAUUGGAGAUUCAGGAGUUGGAAAAUCAAAUUUAUUAAGUCGUUUUACUCGUAAUGAAUUUAAUUUAGAAUCAAGAUCAACUAUUGGAGUAGAAUUUGCUACUAGAACUUUAGAAAUUGAUGGUAAGCGAGUUAAAGCUCAAAUUUGGGAUACAGCAGGACAAGAAAGAUAUAGAGCAAUUACAUCAGCAUAUUAUAGAGGAGCAGUUGGUGCUUUAAUUGUUUAUGAUAUUGCUAAAACAGAAAGUUAUGAAAAUGUAUCAAGAUGGUUAAAAGAAUUAAAAGAACAUGCCGAUGCAAAUAUUAUAAUUGAAUUAGUUGGUAAUAAAUCUGAUUUAGACCAUUUAAGAGCAGUACCAACUGAAGAAGCUAAGAAUUUUGCCCUGGAGAAUAAUUUAUUAUUUACUGAAGCUUCUGCUUUAAGUAGUGAUAAUGUUGAUUUAUCAUUUCAUCAAUUAUUAAAAAAUAUUUAUGAAAUGAUUUCAAAACAUCAAUUAGAUAAUUCAAAUGAUGGUUCAAAUGGUGCAAAACCAACUUCAAAUAAUGGUCCAACAAUUUCAUUAACUCCAGCUCCACAAGAAAAGAAGAAUAAAAAUAAUAGUAAUUGUUGCUAA